AUGACAAGGAAGAGGAAUUGGGAUGAGAAAGAGAUUGUAGUGCUCACUGAGGAGUGUAGUGCCAUAAUACAAAAGAAGCUUCGCCAAAAGCUGAAAGAUCCUGGGAGCUUCCAAAUCCCCUGUGUUAUUGGGGAUAUGAACAUUGAGAAGGUACUAUGUGAUCUUGGAGCCAACAUAAACCUCAUGUCUUUGGCCAUGAUGAAAAGAAUGAGAAUGGAGGAAGCUUGGCCAACAAGUAUGGCACUUCAAUUGGAUGACAGAACAUUUAAAUUUCCCCAUGGUGUGGUGGAAGAUCUAUUGGUGAAAGUUGGGGAAUUCAUCUUCCCAACUAAUUUUGUUGUGCUUGACAUGGAGGAAGAAGCCAACAUAUCAAUCAUCCUAGAAAGGCCAUUCCUAGCUACUACUGGAUCUAUAAUUGAUGUUCAAAAAGGGGAGCUAGUCUUGAGAUUACAUGAAAAGAAGAUGGUUUUCAAUGUCCUCAAGGCAAUGAGCUACCCCAAGGAAGCCACUAGUGAAUGCAUGAUGGUAGAUACCAUUGAAAACAUGGUUCAGGGAGUCCUAGAGGAAGAACAAUAUGAAGAAACCAAAGAGCAAGUUCAACAAGUCUCAUGUGGUGAGCUACCACUGGAUGCUAUGGACAAUUCACUCAUGUUGGAUAAGCCAAGCAAGAUAGAAUUGGAGGCACCAAAGUUGCAACUGAAGAUUUUACCCCCAAGUUUGUAA